GCUCAGAUCCAUUACACAAUAAUAAAAAUAUGCCUUUGGCAAAGCUGAGCCAAAACCUAGAGCUGCAGCGGGAAGCCAGCAAUACAUGCAAAACGGGGAAAAACAUUAAUAGAAAAGAAAAACCCACCAAGUCAGAAGCACAGAGCACACUCGGAAAGACGCAGUCGCAGGAGGACGGGCUUUGUGCUCCAUGAUGUGACAGCAGUCUGCAGCAAAACAUCUGCUGCAAGCUGAGCGGAAUCCCAGCGCCUGUCAAGACCUCACUGAAGAAAUUAAGCCUGGGCUGUGCCAUGAUUUCUGCUGUCCUCCUCCUCUGGACUGUGCCCUGCGUGGCCAACCACAUCCUCGGGGGCUUUGCCAAGGCAGCGCUGCAGGAGGGCCCCCAGCUGACGUGCAGCCUGCCGGGCCCCCCCGGGCCUCCUGGCCCUCCUGGUGCACCUGGGACUCCGGGGACAGUUGGCAGGAUGGGCUUCCCAGGGAAAGAUGGCAAGGACGGCAAGGAUGGGGACAAAGGCGAUCACGGUGAUGAAGGUCCACAGGGCAGAACAGGAAAUCCAGGCAAGCCGGGACCAAAGGGGAAAGCAGGAGCCAUUGGCAAGGCAGGCCCACGAGGACCAAAGGGUUUAAAGGGUAAUCCUGGAAAAAAUGGAGCACCAGGAAAGAAAGGACCCAAAGGGAACAAAGGUGAGACUGGGAUGCCAGGACCCUGCACCUGCAAUGCUAACAAAGCCAAAUCUGCCUUCUCUGUAGCUGUCUCUAAGAGCUAUCCAAGAGAAAGGCUCCCCAUCAAAUUUGACAGGAUCCUGAUGAACGAGGGAGGACAUUACAAUGCUUCCAGUGGAAAAUUCAUAUGCAGCAUCCCAGGUAUUUACUACUUCACUUAUGAUAUCACUUUGGCCAACAAACAUUUGGCCAUUGGUUUGGUCCACAACGGGCAGUACCGGAUCAAGACUUUUGAUGCCAACACUGGGAACCACGAUGUUGCCUCUGGAUCAACCAUUCUCUCUCUGAAGCAAGAGGAUGAGGUGUGGCUGCAGAUCUUUUACUCUGAACAAAACGGGCUCUUUUAUGAUCCCUACUGGACAGACAGCUUAUUUACUGGCUUUCUGAUCUACCCUGACCAAGAUUAUCUCAAUGAAAUAUAGAGUGAGAAACAAAUAAGAAAUGGAUGCAACUUCAGUCCAGCAAAGUGUAGCCUGCACGUGGACAUGUGUGAUAUUAUCUCAUCAUUUUACUUUUUUGACACUAACAGCCCAUAUUGGCAAUACAGAUAUUUACUUGAUAUCACCAACUAGUUCCAUGAAGUAUAUCAGGAUGUUUAGGACCUACCUUUAAGUGACCUCAUGACUCUGUAAACCUGGAAGCCAGCCGCUAUGUUUUCCUACUGUUCAAACAUGCCACAGACAUGUAACUCAAAUACUGGUGCAGAAUGUUUUGAUUUUAUAUUACUGUAAUGCAUAGAGACCGAAAACCAUUUCCUGAAAACUGAGCUUAUAAGCACCAUUGAUGUUGGAGAUUGUAUCAGUGCCCCUCCUUCUCCCACCCUCAAUAAUAAUAAUAAUAAAACUUACUACACUUCACCAGCUACUUACAAGUCAGGAAAUUAUCAGCUGCCGUUACAAAAGUACCAGCAACCCUCAGCCUCAUCAAAGCAGUACUAAUAAGCAACGGCAUCCGGUUUAAAUGGGACACAAAGAAAAGAGCUCAUUUAAGGCUAAAGGUAAAACUCCUGCUAAGACACACACCGUCGAAUCGAGCUCUGCUGGUUUGCUCAGAGUUCAGCCACAACAAAGCAGUGCUGGAGUCUUGCAUCUGCUUUCUGACAAGUGUCAAAAAGCUGUGACCAGAACCUGACAUUGGCUGUGCAAGCCCAAUACCUGCCAGCCUCUGGUUCAUGGUGGAGGGCAACGCUGCAGAUAAGACUCAGUUUUUAGAGAGAGAGAACGUGAACCUUCACUCCAGAAACAGGUGCAUCAAAUCCCACUCCUCCAUCCCUGUCAGCUUUUGCUGAAAGGAAAUUCUCAUGGUGCUGCUGAGGUGCUCCUCACAGGCUUAAUGCUGCAUACAGACUCUGUCUUAAUGACGCGCUUUGCUUUUUUAAUUUUGUAUGUCAAAUGUUACAGAUGAGCGAUCUUAACAUAGUGGUUCUAAACUGUAUAAAAAAAGAAAAACAAGGCAGAAAAGGCCAGAGGUGAGCUUUUUGGUCUUGCUAUGAUGAGCUUUGCAUUUUUCCCUAUCCCAACCAGCAGCCGUACAGGGAUAUGCUCCCAAAUGGAGCAUCAUUAUCACAUCUCCAGCUGUAUGGCUACUCAGCCACUUGCCUUGCCCCAGUGUAUGCAGCUGCUCACUACCAGAAGUCAGCCUGCAGUCAAAGGGAAGGAAUUUUCCUCAAUAUCUGACACAUUUUCUUGGUUCCCACAAUCAUAUUUCUUGUCUCCCCUACUGCAACAAACACUUGUAUCAACUUCCAGUUCUUCUCAUUUGCACAUUUAGACAUUGAGGAGAUA